AUGUCGGCCGAUGGCUUAACAGCCGAAAAGGAAGAAUUUUGGCUUUUUGGCUAUGGAAGCCUGAUAUGGAAGCCUCCACCACAUUUUGACCAGCGAGUUCCUGGAUAUGUCACCGGUUACGUGCGACGAUUCUGGCAGGUUGGUAGAUACCAAGAUCAUCGUGGAACCCCUGAAGCUCCAGGAAGGGUUGUGACGUUGAUUGAGCGAUCCUUUUGGGAGACGCUAGACGAUCACCAUCCUUCCGGGUCUGACAGAGUCUGGGGUACAGCGUAUCGCAUUCAACCAGACAAAGUCGCCGAAGUCCGGGAUUACCUUGACAUUAGAGAAAUUAAUGGUUAUACUGUCCACUACACGGAUUUCCAUCCUGCUGAUGGAUCACCUGUCAUCAAGACACUAGUAUAUAUCGGCACGCCUGAUAAUGAACAGUUUAUGGGCCCUCAAGAUCCGCAAAAACUCGCGGAGCACAUCUAUACCAGCGUUGGCCCGAGUGGGCCAAACAAGGAUUAUCUUUUAUGUUUAGAGGCAGCUUUGGAUGGCUUGAGCCCGGAGAGCGGAGAUGGGCAUAUUACAGAUCUGGCCAGCAGACUUAGAGGGAUUGAGAAGCGGCUUGAGCCAGUUCCAAGUCCAGAUCAAGAGGCUAUAGAACGCGAGCUUGAGAAACGGGAGAGCAUAGACGGAUUAGAGGAGACCGAGAAGCGGGGAUUAUGA